UUAAUCGCGCAUGGCACAUGUUCGCAAAUCACAAUCACUCAUUUUUUCAUUUUUAUCAAGUCUCAAGAUAACCUUGUACAGCGAAAUUCAGCUACUUGAGUCAAACAGUAAACCUACUUAAGAACUGUCAUAAAAUAGUAAUAUAUUAUGUCUAGGCCCUCAAGACUAUUCAAGAAAGUCUAUCUGUCAUUAUGUUAUAAUAAAGUAUAGUUAAAUUAUCCCAACUUAAUAUUUAUUAUGUUUCAUUUUUGUUUUUAAUGCACUAAAUUAGUUUUAGACGAAAUGUUUACGUCAAAUUUAUUCAACAACCACAUAAAAAAAAGUUAGGUGUUAUUUUACCAACUUUUUUAAAAUACAAAUGUCACGGAUUAUUUUAUGAAUCAUCUAAUAAGUACUAAUAGAAAAAUAUGGCGUUCACAAGCAGUGUUUGGAAACCUAAUUUUGUAAUACCUCCAUCGAAAUGUCAUGUACAACACAUUUGCCGUACAUUUUCUAGUCACUGGCACAAAUCAUCUGAUGAUUAUGUAUUUUCAUUUUUAAGAAAAUGUGAUUUGCAUUUUAUUAAAAAACAGAAAUUUGUUGAACACAUAGCUCAUAGUAGGAAAAUUAUUAUUGCCUGUAAAAAAAUGUUUACAGCCAUUAAUCGAUUUAAACAGCAUUUAGCAAGAGGUAGAAGGCAUCUUAUAAUGUGUGCAGCAAUGCCAUUUACGUUUGAUUGGUACAAUGAAAGAAUAUGUUUUGAUGAACUUGUGAGGUUGUGUCAAGAAUUUGAAGUUAUCGAAAAAUUGGUAGAAAAAUCUAGUUCAUCUGAAAUUUUCAAAAAGUUUCAGAAUUCCAGUUCAAAUACUGUAGAUAAAAAACCGAAAUUAAUUACACAAAGUUUAAAUCAAACUUCUGAGAAAAUGCUUCAAUCUAAUAAAUUACUAAACGAUCCAAACAGUUUGGUUUGUACUUGUGAUUGUUCAAGGUGUAAAAAUAUGAAUGAAGACGGGUGGGAACCUUUUUCAUCCAGUGAAAACUUUAAAGCAUGGAAAAAAAUUAACGUUGAUUAUCCUGAUCAAAAAUUGUAUAUUUACAAAGUGCAUGGACAUUUUGAUGAUGUUACACCCUUAGACUUCAUGCAAGUUCAACUUGACUUAGAAUAUCGAAAGGAAUGGGAUAGUAUGUCUGUAGAUCUUGAAAUUUUGGACAGUGAACCUCUUACCUGUAGCGAUCUUAUAUACUGGGAACUUCGCUGGCCGAAAUGGUUUCAAAACCGUGACUAUGUGUUCAAACGGCGCUACAUGAUUGAUGAAAAAGAGAAAACUAUGUGUAUUGUUUGUGAAAGUACUGAACACCCACAAUAUCCUGAAUUUUCAGGAAAAUGGCGAGUAAAAAACUAUUGGUCAUAUAUUGUGAUUAAGCCAAAAUAUGAUUUUGAUAAGGCUGGGGUAGAAUUUUCAAUUACUUAUUUUGAUGACCCAGGAGUGACAGUAUCAAAUUAUCUCACAUCUUGGUACCAAUCUAAAGGAAUGCCAUCAUUUUUAAAUGAUCAAAGAAUGGCAGCAUUAGAGUUAGCGCGUCGGCGAACUGAAUUAAAUAACACCACAGUGUCUGAUAAAAUUAGGGUAGACACUCCAGUGGAACUACCACAAAAACAAACUCAAAGUUGGAUGUCAUGGCUAUUUGGUUACUCUUUAUUUUAAGCUAUAUUUUUACCUACUUUAUUUGUUGUGUUGUAUAUGUUAUGUUGUUAAAUAGAUCAUUUUAAACUUGUUAAUUAUUUGUUGUACUAUAAUCAGUAUAGUUCUUGCCCCCAACCUAUUACUCACUAUAAGAGUAUAGCUUUACCGCUGUUGAUAUUUCUAUUUUAAAUUAUGUUUGUGAAGUUCUAUAACUGUUUUCAGUGUUAUACCCAUAUGUCUGUGAAUUACAAUAUUAUAGGCUGUAAUAAUAACUGAUCUUAUAAUUCAACUAACAUGUAUCUAGCUGCUAGCAAUCUAUUGGCUAUUAUCAUGGGCGCCCGGAGGGGGGCAUGACGGGGCAUUUACCCUCUCCCCUUUAACUACAAAUAUAAUUUUUUAUUUUAAUAUUGUUUAAAUAAAACUAAGUUUAUAUUUAAUAACGAACAAAUAGUAUAUUAUAAUUUUGUCAUAUUUUGUAGUUUACAAAGAAUAAACUUUUUUUUAUGUA